CAGGAAGCUAGCUAGACACCUAGGUAGCUAAGGCGGCUUCUGACUUUGAGACCCAAAAGGCUGAAGAACAGACCAAGCCAGUCUUGCUCUUGGUGGCGCUGACGAACAGCUCACCAUGUGUGCCACCGCCGCAGGGUGGAGAUUGCAGCUGUGCAACAACACUCUACACAAUGGCUCCCUAGUGGGGGAGCCUGGUGCGCAUUCGCGGCUACAUGCGGAGCCUGGCCCCAUUUUCGACAAUCUCAGGGCGUGCUGGACAGACAGGCGGCAUCCACUUCGGUCGCUGCAAUGUGGCGGCACAAGUGCACCGCUGAAUCCACAGCUGGAAAGGUUCAAUGGGAAACGAGGCGUGAGGCAGGGCAGAAAACGGAUGGGCUGUUGGACACCGAGGUGCUUGAUCGAGGGGGUACACCAGUCACAGCAGGACAGCGGACUGCGAGAAAGGCUUCUCACAACAGAAGCUGCGGGGAUCACCUUGUCAGGAAAGUUCAGCAUCUCAGAUGAGGAAUUCUCAGAAGAGGGGCUGCGCUUCAACUCUGAAGGUGACAGCGUCGACCUGGACCAGCUCAACGGACUGUUUGGCAAGGUUGGGUUCCCUCACAGAAAGCGGUCCAAGCUGCGGAUAGCACUUCAAAACACCCUAGCGAUGGUUUGGCUCCUAGACACGGAAAACGACCGGCUGAUUGCAUUUGCCAGAGCCACUGGGGACGCGGUCUUUAAUGCUACCAUCUGGGACGUGGUGGUGGACCCGGGCUGGCAGAAGAAAGGCCUCGGCAAGGCGGUUAUCGAAAGGCUGAUGGCGGAGCUUCUAAAUAGGGGGAUUGUAAACAUCAACCUGUAUGCGGAGCCCAACGUCGUGUCGUUUUACAAGCCUCUAGGGUUCGUCACUGAUCCAAGCGGCAUAAGUGGCAUGGCCUUCAACAAGAAGAAGGCAGCCCUGUAGCACCGGAAGCGCAGUAGAAAGUGACCGAAAAUGUCAAGCAGAACGUCAAUUAGACAUGUAGGCUGCUUGCGUGACCACCCUCAACCAGAGGAUCAGCAACGUUGUAAAGGAUGCCCCGGGACUCUGGAGUGGACCCGUCCACCGGUUGGCGCACGCUAGAUAAUUCGUGUCCCGCCACAGGCUGCGGUAAGGGAAGUUACGCGAUCUACAGCGGCUCUGAGAAACGAACGCAUGGCUGGAAUCCGAUAGCCGCGUUGUCAGCCCUUCACCUUUCAAAAAGAUAGACAUCGUGCUCGGC